GCAAAUAAAUAAAUAAUGCUGCAUCACUCUCCUCUCAAUUUCACCAGUCGCCAACAACUCCUUCGUCAAGAUGGACCUCCGUAUUUUGCUAAUUUUGUCCCUUUUCGGCACAAUCAUCCCUCCCGGCUCGACGGAUGGGCCGAAAGGCUGGUUUCGAAGGGCGCAAGAACACCACCGUGAAAAGAUUUGCGGCGGCCCAAAGACGCCACAAGCCGCGGCAAAUCCUUUACUAGUGGAAACCGAAAACGGCAAAGUUUCCGGAGUACAAGGAGUUUCCCGAGGUGGGAAAGAAUUUGUACAAUUUCUCGGAAUUCCGUUCGGACAGCCGCCCGUGGGCAAGCUACGAUUUGAGUCUCCAAAACCUUUCGGAAAAUGGGACGGUGUCCUCAACGCGACAAAAUAUGGGCCAGCUUGCGCCCAGUAUGAUUUUUUCGUUGCCAGGAAAUCCAUUGGAGUGGAAGAUUGUCUGCACUUAAACGUCUUAACACCUUUGAAUCGCAGCGAUGACAAACUCCUCCCCGUUUUUGUCUACAUUCACGGCGGUGCAUUUCACAUCGGUGCGUCCCACGACUACAAAGGAGACUACUUCAUGGACCACAAUAUCGUUUUUGUCUCCUUGAAUUACAGAUUGGGAGCUUUAGGAUUUCUAAACACGAACGACGGUUUGAUCCGAGGAAACAUGGGAAUGAAAGAUCAGGUCUUGGGGCUUCAAUGGAUUCAAAAAAAUAUUCGACAAUUCGGCGGUGAUCCCGACCUGGUCACGAUUAGUGGCACGAGCGCGGGUGCCAUCAGUGUGAAUCAUCACCUCUUUUCACCAAAGUCCAAAGGCCUAUUUUCCAAAGCCGUUAUAAUGAGUGGUAACAAUCUGACACCGUACGGAAUUAUGCGCUCACCUAAAGAAUCUGCGGAUAGAUUCAUCUCCAAAGUAAAUUGCAACGCGGGGUCACGGGCUGAUGAGGUGACCUGCCUUAAAAAUCUGGACACAUCUCAACUUUUGGCCGGCCACGGAGAUAUCGUGAUCCCCCUUCCCCCACCGUUCGAGCUAUUCUUCUCCGUGAGCAAGGAAACUGUUCAGGAUGACGACACUUUCAUAGCAGAAGAUCCACUGGAGACAAUAAAGUCCGGGAAUUUUAGCAAGGUCCCCGUUAUCAUGGGAAUUGCGGAAUUCGAGCUUCAAGCCUUAACAGCAUUAUACAGCGGAUUUCCAACGGAGUCUGCCCGAGCCCGAGACAACUUCAAUGAUUGGGCCCCUGAGAAACUCGACUAUCAAAAAGAUGAUAAAAUUUCCGAUGAAAUCAAGCAGUUUUACUACCACGGAAACACAACUGAUGUUACCGCAGGAGACAAGGCCAGACAAACCUCGAUCUUAUUCACGGACAGAAUGUUUAUCACGGGGUUGGACAAGUUUGCCAAAUUGUAUUCCGCACAUGCCCCCGUGUUUUUGUAUAUCAACGCCUGGAACCCGGAACCCAAUAUGGCGCUGGCGAAUUUGAUGUCGACAAGUCACAAGAAUUGGACUGGAAAUUCACAUGGGGACGACGUCAUCCUACUUUUUGAACAAGCUCACGCAAAAUUGGACAAAGGAAGCAGAAUUUAUAAGUUGUCCCAAGAUCUUGUGGAAUUAUGGACGCAGUUCUGUAACGAAGAGUGGAUGAAUUUCCGUGGGGUUCCGUGGUGGCAAAAUAAUCCGAUGGGGAAGAACGUGACUUUCCUUAAAAUUGAUGACAUUCCCGCACUGGUGCAGGAUCCUUUUAAGGAGAGAAUGGAUUUCUGGGAGAGUAUCGAGCAAAAAAUUAAGAGCCCGUAAUUCUGAGUCAUUUUUUCUGAUAAAAACUUUGGUGCCUACAAAAUCUGAAUUAAAUCCCCGAAAACUACAAUCCUUAAUCUUCUACUACAGAUCAUUGUUUAAAUAUAAGAUAUCAAUUCAUUGAGCAAUAAAUCUUUUCAAAUUUAUUGCA